UGGCCACCUGCAUCGCUGCGUCAGUCGCCUGUUGUAGAAGUGUCCUAAGUGACCGAAAAGAACAAAGGCACAGAAUCUCUUCUUCGGAACUCCGGGAAACUAAUAGACUUUCACACUCUUAUAUUGGCCGUUUUGCCAUCGUACUAUUUGACUGCACAGGCUUCUCCUGCAUCGACCGUCUCAUCCCAUAUUUGGUAGUCGUCAUAUUUGCUUGCCACCCUUCUUCGCAAACACAUUGGCUCGUGCUCCGACAUUCCGGGCUCUCACGAGCUUAAUGUCAAAGGACAGUCAAAAGGGGACCUUCUUCGGGGCCUUCUCUCCGUGGAAUACCUCUAGAAGUACAUCCCCACAGCCUUUCAACGAUACGAAAGAUGUCCUCCAACGUUCUCGGGGAGAGGACCACACAGUCACACAUAGACAUGGGUUGAGUCUACGCCGGUACCCCAAGGACUGUCCUCCAUUAAGGGUAAAAUGGUUCUAUGCAGUGGAUUCACCCAAAAGCAAGCCAGGGCUUCGCGAUCAUAAGGGCGAUCCAAAACCCUUGGCGCCUCCCAAAAAGUUUGUUCCGUUCACUUGCACAGACUCCCAGGCUAUAGAAGAUGCAUUUCAGGGACUACUAGAGGCGGAUGUCGAGACAGAACAUGUGUCGUACAAACGACCGAUGAGGGAAGCUUCGCGCGAGCCGACCAAGGUCCCUGUGAAUGAGGACUCGCUUUUCGAUGUUAAUAUUGAGCAAAGAGAACUCAGCCCAGCUUAUUGGAUAGGUCCCAUUUACGAAGUCCGUCGUGGAACUUGGUUCUUCCAAGAUGGGUCUACAAUAAAACCCUGUGAAGAAAAUUUAGCUACUCAGCUGGAAGAAGGCUUCCUCAAAUCGAAACCAUGGCGAUACACAAGCCCUAGCUAUUCUUCCAAGCGUCCAGUCACAGAUAAAGACGGUUCUAGCUCUACAUCUAAUAGCACUGAAAAUGUUGGGAAUGCAACUUUGAUUUCUGGCAAUGAGCCUGAGCCUUACCGUUUAUUCGGUGCCUAUAUGAAUAGUAUAGUAACUUAUCAGGAUUCUUCGACGGCGUUGCUGAUGAGCGAUGAUUUCAUGUCCCGUAUGAGCACCACUUUCUAUCAGAAGCUUGGUGGCGUUCCAGGUACGAAGCUUGUACGUGGGUUUAUCGAAUCAAAAAAACAGAGGGAAUCACCUGACAAGCCCUGUGCUGAUACGAAAACAUCUGGGGAUGACAUCCCCGAUAUACUGUCUGGGGAGCUUCAAGAAAAGCAGGUACCACGGUUAUCUAAAACCACCACAUCUGAUCACCAAAUGCCAGGCGAUGAGAACGCCUCGGUGAAGGCGACUCCAAUAUUCGAACAGCACAAUCCAUUGGCUGGCUCGCGACCAGACAUGGUUGAACUUGAAGAACAAGCACGCAAACAAGAACAGAAGGAAAUGGAGGAUUCCAGGAAGGUCGAAGACAAAGAUCGAGAAAUCGAUCAUUUGAUUUUAGUUACUCACGGGAUCGGUCAGCGGCUUAGCAUGCGCCUGGAAAGUGUCAACUUCAUACACGACAUAAAUGUUUUACGCAAAACCCUAAAGAGCGUUUACAGAGCGUCUCCUGAUCUUCAAGCUCUCAACUCCGACUUUGAAGACAAGCAUGAAAAUUGCCGAGUUCAGGUCCUCCCAGUGUGCUGGAGGCAUUUACUUGACUUUCCGUAUCAGAAAGAGCAGCAAUCCCGCAUGGAAUUUGAUCUGGGCGAUGCGGAAACCCAGGGUGAUAUCUCGUAUCCUAGCUUGUCCGAUAUCACACUUGAUAAUGUGCCUGCAGUUCGGAAUCUCAUCUCCGAUUUAGCUAUGGACGUGCUUCUUUACCAGAGCGCAUACUGUGAACACAUUUCUCGAAUAGUCAAACAGGAGUGUAACCGGAUUUUGGACCUUUACAAGAGGAGGAAUCCUUCUUUUCGUGGCACUGUAAGCCUUUGUGGACAUUCGCUUGGUAGCGCCAUUCUCUUUGAUAUUCUCUGCCACGAACAGCAAGGUUCGGAAUCUUUUGAAACCGCCAAUUUGGACCAUGAUGACCCGAGUCACGAAGCAUUCCAGGGCGAUUCUUUAGCCUUUGAAUGCGAGGAUUUGUUCUGUUUAGGCUCCCCAAUAGCACUAUUUCAGAUGCUCAAAGGGAAGACCAUUGCUGGGCGACCACAUGGGAGUGGCGGCGGCGAAGAUGGCAAGUCUUCAGUCUGUCAUAAUGGACAGACUGCGACUGUUAAAUCGCCACCCACCUCUUCUGUACGCCAUGGCGUACAGCCUGUUAAAAAGGACACGCUUUUACAGCACAGUCAAGCUUCUGUGUCUUCUCCAAAUUGCCGACAACUGUUCAAUAUCUUUCAUCCCUCCGACCCAGUUAGCUAUCGUCUAGAGCCCCUCAUAUCACCAGCGAUGUCAUCUCUUAAACCACAGCCAUUACCGUCAGUCAAAAGAGGUCUUUGGACGACAUCAGGACAGAGCCUUUCAAUGAUUAGCAGCCGUGUUGGUCAAAGUGUGGGAUCAUUGUGGACCAAUUUUACAUCUGGUGUUGCAAGCAGUUUGCUAAACCGCAGUCUUGGUCUCACUUCGGAAACUGCUUCUUCCGAGUCAGCUUUGAAUUCUACCCUGCAGGCCCAGCAACCACGGCCGGUGGCUUCGAGAUCCAGCUCUCUGACACAAAAUGCCAGGAACCCUACCCUUAUCGACUCGGACCUGGAAACGCUCUAUGAGGGCUACCGUAGGACGGGGGGCGGCAGUAAGCGAAGGGGCUCACAGGCGAAUGGAGAGAAUCCCCGCGAUUCCCUGGGAAACGACCACUAUGGGGAGAAGCUCUUGAUUGAAGAUGCUAAAGUGAGAGCACUGAACUCCAAUGGCAGGGUCGACUAUAGCAUACAAGAGGGCACAUUUGAUAUAUCCAUGAUUGCUAGUAUUGCUAGUCACCUGAGCUACUGGUCUGACGAAGAUGUGUGCCAUUUUAUGAUGUCACAGAUGCUCUGUAGGAAGGCAACGGGCCAGAACUUAUGACCGGGAUAAGAUAUUGUGUGAAAUUUGAUAGUUUUGGCUAAUGGUAUCUGUUCAUGGUCAACCGUCUUUAGACUCGGCGUUGAUUGCGCAAGAAUGCAUCGAAAGCCCGCGACAUAGCGCCCAGUGAACUUCAAAAAUAACUCUCAUGUAGUUCCAAAUAGUCUGCAUUGUCUAUACAUACUACUGACUGGACAUUAGGUACUUAGGUUGCCAACUGAGCCUUUGACAUGACUUUUCUGGAUAUUCUUGUACGCACGCGAACAUACUGCAUAUGAAAAGUGUAUUCGUACUUAUGCCAGUCCGCAUGGACAUCCUCCUGGUGGAAUCAUGUCUUGGGAUUCUGUCCCAUUCAGAGUAAUCUAUAUCUUGUCUCCUUUCCAACUACCACAAGCUGCGUCCAAUGACUCAAAUGAUAAAUGUAUAUGACGCAGAAUAGCUUCUGUGCGAGCUGGUCAAUG